AGCAGUUUGGUGGUAAUUGAUUCCAUAUUAGCCUAGCCUAGCCUCUUCAGCGCUGGGAGAGAUACAGAGCCGCUGCUGCGCUUUUCUCUGCUGCGCCUGGAAACUGAGCAGGCAACGUUUGUCUGUACGCCCGCAGGACGAGACACACAACCGAGCGCACACGUCAAAGUGGCCAAAACUCAGGAAAACAACGGGGAAGCUGAAAAAUGACAACCAAAAAGCCGCAAAGUUUACUACGCGAGGCAUCUCAUCAGAUUAUUGCCGGUGGAUCCGCUGGUCUGGUGGAGAUUUGCCUGAUGCAUCCCCUGGAUGUGGUGAAAACGAGGUUCCAGAUCCAGAGGGGAAGCAGUGACCCCAACAGCUACAAGAGCCUGGGUGAUUGUUUCCGGACCAUCUUUCGCAAUGAGGGCAUCUUUGGCUUCUACAAGGGAAUCCUUCCUCCAAUUCUUGCAGAGACGCCAAAGCGAGCAGUGAAGUUUUUCACCUUUGAGCAAUACAAGAAGCUGCUGAAUCGCACCCCGUUGUCUCCUGGUGUGGCAUUGUCUGUAGCAGGGCUGGGUGCAGGCUUGACCGAGGCUGUCGUCGUCAAUCCGUUUGAAGUGGUGAAAGUCAGUCUCCAGGCUAACAGAGAUUCCUUCAAAGAGCAACCCUCCUCAUUUGCCCAGGCACGCCGCAUCAUUAAGACAGACGGCUUUGGACUGAGAGGCCUGAAUAAAGGGUUGACGUCAACACUGGGACGCCACGGUGUUUUCAACAUGAUCUACUUUGGCUUCUACUUCAAUGUCAAGGAUGCCUUUCCUACCAGCCCGGAUCCUGGCCUAGAGUUCCUGAGAAAGUUUACCAUUGGCCUGGUAUCCGGCACCAUCUCCUCCUGUGUGAACAUUCCCUUCGACGUGGCCAAGAGCCGCAUCCAAGGCCCCCAGCCGGUACCAGGAGAGAUCAAGUACCGCACCUGCUUCCAGACCAUGGCGCUGGUGUACCGGGAAGAAGGGUACUUGGCUCUGUACAAGGGGUUGGUGCCCAAAAUAAUGAGGCUUGGACCAGGUGGGGCGGUGAUGCUGCUUGUCUACGAGUAUGUUUCCGGAUGGCUGCAGAGAAACUGGUAGAGGACGAGAAAAGAAACCCAACACAGUGCCUUAUGGAUCUCAACUCAAUUCCAAUAUUUUUGACUGAUCCCACAAAAUGUCAGACCAAAGUUUGUUUUUGUUUUGUUUUUUAUCUACCUUGUAUGCACAAUAUUACUAUGCAUAGUAAACACAUCUCCUAAAACUGGGACAAACACACCAGAUUAGCAUUUCAGUGGAACUAUCAGGGGGAAAAAA